AAUUUUUUACCAUGAUAUGUUGAUCCAAAACAAACUUUUCUGCAUAUAAGAUUCGUCUAAAGUGUAGUGAAACUCUGACACCGUUUCGUUUUACAUCUAUGAGUGUGGCUUUAUCGACGUUUGGGAAACUCUGGGAAACGUCAUAAUGACCCAGAGAAAUCCUCUGGUUGUUUUGUUUUUGAGUGGUUGAAGCAUCACCGGUCUUUUUGUUGUUUUUACGUUAUGUAUUCAGAGAUACGGGGAAAAUAACGAGCGAAAUAAAUCGUUGUGCUUUCGUUUAAACAACGAACGUCAAGAUGAUUGAGGUGGUUGCCUCUAUGGCUCGAGGGCCUGUAUUUUUGGCCGGUGAGGUUUUAGAGUGUCUCAUAACCUUUACAAACCCCAUGUCACAUCUCUCUACAUCUGCCAGCAGUGAGAUGUUGGCUUGGGCCAGUGCUCAGAUCCACUGCCAGUUUCAUGCCAGUGACAGUCGUGUGGCUCUGCCCGCUCAGGGCGCCAAACAAGAUGUGCAAGCAGAGAGUGACACUGUGCUGAUACCAAGCAGAGGUGAACGAGGGCAGUGUGUGCUGGACACACCACCUAAGAUCCUGUUCUGUGACCUUCGCUUGGACCCUGGAGAGAGCAAGACUUAUUCCUAUAGUGAGAUUGUUCCCUCUGAUGGUCCACCAAGUUUUCGUGGCCAGGCAGUGAAAUAUGUGUACAAGCUCACAAUUGGCUGUCAGCGAGUCAACUCACCCAUCAAAUUACUGCGUGUUCCUUUUAGGGUUUUGGUACUCCAUGGCAUGCCAGAGCCCCCAUUUCCACAAGAUGAAGAGGUGGCUCCCUCAAACCCCUUCCUGGAGGAAGAGGAGGGAAACAGGAGAGACACUAGACCACUAGAAAGAGCUCUUGACAUGCUAAUGAUAACCACCUCACGACGUUGCCCAUAUAUGUUCAACAUCACAAACAUGCGGGGAAAGGUGGCCAAGUUCUGCAUCUUUAAGACCGUGUACAGGCUUGGAGAAGAUAUUAUCGGCACCUUCAAUUUUUCAGAGGGGGAUAUUCCAUGUUUACAGUAUUCAGUUAGUCUGCAGAGUGAGGAGGAGGUCAAUGAGCAGUACCAGAGACGGCCCGGUCAGCCUGUCAGUGUCACUGGUCAUGGGCGGCACCUUGAGUCCUGCUUGCACACGGCCUCCAGUCAUUUCUCUCUCCCUGUACCUCUUAAUGUCACACCAGGAUUUACCACAGAUAUAGUUACGUUAAGGUGGCGUCUGCAUUUUGAGUUUGUGACUGCGCGGGAGCCAGUUGAGGCACCUGUGGUUCUGCAGAAUCAAUCAGAAGUCACAGUAUGGACCGGGGCGGAGCACGUGGAUGUGGACACCUUUAGUUGGGACCUGCCAAUCAAAGUGCUUCCCACCAAUCCCACGCUAGCUUCAUAUGUUUCCCAGUUCACAGGGACCAACAGCAUAAACAUUUGAGUUACGUUUUAUUUGUAGGCUGGGAGAUCUUAUUUUUUAUGAACUCAGUGUCUUUUUUCGAAUUAAAAAGUAGCUUAUGUUGGUGUUUAUCUUUUGCAGUGCUGUAAUUUAAGCUACUUGUUAACAUUUCAGCCUCGAACAACAAACUGCUUUACCUCCUGUAAACAUUUCUGUAUUUAUUGUUUAUAUAUUAUGCUCCAUACUAUUACAAAUGUUUUUUUUUCUUGAGUCAUCUAUCAUAAGGUGUUAUACAUCAUUUGUACAUGAAAUUCUUUCUCGUGAGACUCUCUAUUUCUUUAUAUAUAAACCAAACUUGAAUAAAUAAUUAAAUUCA